AUGUCAGCUUUAAAUGAAUCAAAAACGACCUCGACGUCGCUUAACUUGGUGGAUAAACUAAGUGGUGCACUUUGGGGCUUUUUUAUUGCUGAUUCGCUAUCAAUGCCCUCCCAUUGGUUUUAUAAUCCUGAUAAUAUAAUCAAAGUAUUUGGUCCAAAUGGAAUUACUGGUUAUAUUGACGCUCCUCCAACUAAUGCAGAUGCAUUUAUGGCUGGUAGUGAGUAUAAUCCAGCAGAGGAGAUAUCCACUCCAAAUUAUCGUCCAGCUGAUAUUCUCCACCAACAUUCAAAGUAUUACAAAAUACAUAAUUCUGAAUAUGAUGGUCGAUCAUUUAAAGAAAGUCGUGACAGUCAUGGUAAUGCCUUAGUAGGAGCUAACAAUAGUCGACCUCAUUAUCACGUCGGAUUAAAAGCAGGUGAAAAUACUUUACAAGGAGAAAUCAUUCGAUUAUUUCUAAAGACUUCCGUCGAAAAUAAUGGUUACAAUCAAAACCAAUGGUUAAAAU